UUGGCUACUCUGAUCGUGAAUUGGGUUAUGUGUACAGCUGUUUAGUACUUUAGUGUCUUGUUGACUGUCGAGCAGAUAUGUAACAAGUUACGUUACGAAAAUUUUUAAGUAGCCGGAACGUACGCGUGGCACUCGAAUCAAGCAACAAACGUGUCAACUAUGGAUUUGUUGCGAUUAUCUCAAUACAGAUCAGCAGUACGAGGGCUGUCGAUGAGCGGUGCCUUUGCAGAGGAUUUCACGAGGAACCAUGUGCAGUUAUCAUUUCUGCAACGCAUGGUACUAUCGGCAGGUGCUGCAGCCAUAUCUUUGGCGAACCCUUAUCGUGCUGACAUGAUAGCUUGCCUUGGCGAGACAACAGGACAGAGUGCACUCGUUCAUUGCCUACAACAGAUGCAGUCUUCCACAGAAGGCAGACGCAUUCUAGAUCAAAGACCUCGCAUAAAUUCAUCUACCAUUGAUCUUGCAUUGCUCAAGCGUUUGCCUAAUGGAACCCUUGGAAAGUCGUACUAUAAUUUUUUGGAAACUAACGAAGUGACUCCAGAUUCCAGGAUGGCUGUAAAAUUUGUUGAUGAUAUUGAACUUGCAUAUGUGAUGCAAAGGUAUCGAGAGGUGCACGACAUUUAUCACACAGCAUUGUCAAUGCCAACUACUAUGCUUGGCGAAGUUGCUGUGAAAUGGGUAGAAGCUGUGCAAACACGUCUUCCGAUGUGCACAUCAGGAGCAAUAUUUGGAGCGAUGCGUCUCCGUCCGAAGUCAAGGAAAAUGUACACUGAGCAUUAUCUGCCUUGGGCGUUGAGAACAGGCUCACAAUCUCAAUUUCUGCUUGGUGUUUAUUUUGAAGAACGUUGGGAGCAGCCUCUUACAGAGUUUUACAAGGAGAUGAAUAUUGUUCCACUCGUCAUCUGAAUUCAAUAAAUAUGAGAAUUGAUAACG